ACAAAACAACGUCUAGGGAGAGUUCACGACAGCAUUGAAUCCGCCUUAUUGUCGCACUUUUUUGGUGUUUUAAUCUUGGUAAUCUCACAAUCUUCUGAAUGGGGAUCCCUGGGCUUAUAAAUGCACUGGGACCCGGGGAACGGAUUUCCCUGUCGAAGUUGGCCAUUACUCACCUGGAAAGGACAAGACAGCCCAUACGCAUUGCAGUUGAUAUCUCAAUAUGGCUGUUCCAGGUGCAAGCUGGGCGAGGUGGCAAAAACCCAGAGCUUCGGACUCUAUUUUACAGGCUACUGAAGAUACUAGCUUUGCCCAUUCACCCACUAUUUGUGUAUGACGGGAAGGAUAAGCCCCCUUUUAAGAGGGGCAAAGCCGUAUCAGGGCGCAGUUAUGGAAAUGCCCCAAUUAUUCAACUAUCCAAGGUUCUCAUUGACCUGUUUAAAUUUCCCCGACACGACGCACCAGGAGAGGCGGAAGCGGAAUGCGCAAGGUUGCAAACAGCCGGUGUUGUCGAUGCAGUGAUGAGCAACGACGUGGAUGCUAUAAUGUUUGGAUCUAAGUUCACGGUGAUGAACUUUUCAAAAGAAAGUGGCAGUGGCUCCGGGGCCGCAACCCAUGUCACUUGCUACCAGAUGGCGAAUGGAGACAUGUCAAAAGUAAAGCUUGACCGCUCGGGGAUGAUUUUGUUCGCUAUGCUUAGUGGAGGCGAUUAUCUACCAUCAGGAGUUCCCAAAUGUGGGAGCAAACUAGCAGCAGAGAUUGCAAAGGCAGGCUUUGGUGCCGAUCUUUUGGAGGCAUUGGAUGCAGACUGUGCAGAUCUGGAAGCGAGGUUGGACGAAUGGAGAGAUAGGCUCCAGUAUGAGCUUGAGGAGAACGAAAGCGGCUACUUCCAGACCAAGCACAAAGUAGUUCGAAUUCCGGAGACGUUCCCCGAUAGAACAAUACUAUCAUGGUAUGCUAAGCCCGUGGUAUCGCCAACCGAAGCAAUCGAAUCCCUGAGGCACCGCCUGCAUACUGCAUGGGACCAAGAUAUCGAUGCUUUGCAACUGAGGAAGUUCGCCGCGGAGGCAUUUGAAUGGAAUUAUCGCUCUGGAGCGAGAAAAAUGAUCAGGCUCCUGGCCGAGCCUUUGGUUUCUUACAAGCUUCGUCUUGGACAACACCCUUUGGACCCAGGAAUACCCAGAUUAUCGGACAACGAUACACUGGUUUUGCAAAAAGUCUACAAGAGCAGAACUAGCUUUAGUACUGAUGGAUUAACUGAGCUACAACUUGAGAUUAUUCCAGUUGAUAUUGUCGGCUUGGACUUGUUUGCUGAGGAACCGAACCCCCCAUUGCCUUCACAAGAAACAACGAUUUCGGGUGACGAGGAGGAAGGGGGAGAGGGAGAAGAGAUUAAUGCUGAAAUUACUCCAGCAUCUCCAGUCAAGAAAAGGGUUACGAAACGAUAUGACCCGUAUUCUCCAGAGAAGGUGUGGAUUUUUGAGACGUUAGCUUUAAUGGGUAUCCCAGAGGUUGUCGAAAGCUGGAAAAAAGAACAAUCAGCAAAACUCUCUGCUCCGAAGAAGACAACCAACCGCAAGAGCGGUCCCAGGAAACGAAAAGAGUUAGAUCCAGGCAUGAAGCAAGGCAGCAUUUUGAAAUACGGUACUCUGAGAAAGCGUUCUGAUAUGACUGAGUACAAAAGCGCACAAUUGUUUGAGGCCGCAAUCUCCUCUACGCCUCCGACAAAGUCUCCUACUGGCUCAUAUCCAGGUACCAGCGGGUAUGGUCUACAAACAAUGGGAACACCCCCAAACCAGCAAAACCGGAUCGAUGGGUUCGAUUACUUGGUUGAUCGAUUUUCUUCGUGCAAUCUCUCGCCAUCUCCAGUAAAGCACCGCCCAGCCGCAACCAGAGCUCGAAUCGCAGGUCGACGUACAGCUAUCAACUCUAGCGGGUCGGAGAUAGAAGUUGUAGAAAUUACAGACGGCGAAGAUUCUCCACCGCCCGCCUUUGCAGGAAGAAUCCAGAUGAGUUAUUCAAAUGCGAGUUACAAGGAGCUUCAUUGCCAUAGGUAUUUCUCACAGCCCUCCGAUUGUGCAAGCCCCCGUGGGAAACCAAGGCAGCCUCGACCUGUGCUAGAGCAGCAAGAUUCGGCGGAAGUCACGGAACUUGAACAAGCCAUUUCUUCAAUAAAACUGAGUUGCGAAACGCCUAAGAAGAAGAAGCUGCCCAAAAAAGACACCUCAAGGAAAAUUUCUGCAGAAUCCGAGCUACCAACCGACAACCAUGGUCCAGCCGUCUUAGAAGAAGCUAGCAAGGAGCUCCCCAUGCUAAAGCGUCGAGUCAGGGGCCGCACAGAUAAAGAAGCUAACAGCGAUGAGAAAACCGCCCCGGGAACAAAGAACGAGACAAUAUUGGAAGAACAACACCGUGGCCAGGCAAAUUCUCAAAAUAGCCCGACACACCUUGAAUCGAUCACAGUAUGUGGUGGAUACUGGACAGUGGAUACCGCUACAGACACAAAGCCAACUAAAGCUGAGAAGGCCAGGGAGAAGAAGAAAAGAAUCGCACGUGUUAGCAUUUUAGACCUGACUUGAUUCCCUUUCAGGGUUUUCCUCUUGCACAGUCCACACUUGGUCUUUUUGGCCAUGCUUCUUAUUCAGUAUAAUUCCUAGUUACAUUAGCCUGUUGGGAUUGAUUAUAGAUGGUUUUUUUUUUUUCAGGCAUUGGCCAAGGAUAUUUCGUUUCAAUUAGAGCUAUAUAUCAAACCACAUUGGCUGUACAUUCACAAUCGAUAGAUAGGGAGUUAUAAAUAUAAUCAACUCCAAUCGAC